AUGUGGCAAGGCGCAGGCCGCAGACUGACCCAGCAGCUGCUGCGGCGUUCAGCACAACUGGAGAGGCCUGUGGAGCAGGCGUUUGUAUCAUACUUCUCACAGGCACCAACAUCAUCUCUUGCCCAUGGCCAGAGUGGAGCACUGUUCUGCGUAUCACUGGCCUGGAGAAAGAUUUGGAGCGCUGCCGCUAGGCGCUCUUUGUCAGAGGACAGGGGAACCUCACCUUUUCAUGUUGUUCCCAUAAUUUUCACCACACUGGCAGCUUCCCUUCUGGGCACCAUAGGGAUCGCCCAUGCUGAGCCCAGCGGCCAAAAGAAGCCAACAGCAGAGGAGGACGUUAGGGCCAUAUUGGCCGACAUGGAUCCAAGGGGGGACAGGAAGAAAUUUGGCCCAGGAAACUCGAUGUACAUUGCGUCCGACAAUCUUCACCUUGUGAGGAAAUUGAAUGAGGGCACGUUUGGGCAGAUUUGGCUGGGGGAACUAAGGGAUGGCAACCAUAUUGAGGAGGUCGCUGUCAAGCUGCUAUCGGAGGAUUUCCUGGCCCGGGGCUGCCUGGCAGAGAUGCUGAAGGCAGAGGCUGCCAUCUUCCAUCGUGUCUCCACACGUUGCCACCACGUGUGCCGCCUCUAUGGUGUGGCCUGUAAGGACAGCCGCGUAUGCAUCGUGAUGAAGCUGUACAAGAAGAGCCUGCACGACCAGCUGGCCGAGCGCCGUGGUCACAUGGCCCUCUGUGACAUUAAGAAAUACGGCAUCCAGGUGUGCAAAGGUCUUGUCGAGCUCCAUGAACAGGGCGUGAUCAUGCAAGACCUCAAACCGACUAAUGUCCUCAUCGAUGACCUCGAUCACGUCGUGCUCGCUGACUUUGGGAUGGCCAGCUUCGUUGAUCCGGGGCCUGGGGCCUCAGUGGUGACAGCUGCCAAAGGAACCCCAUCGUACAUGGCGCCUGAGGCAUGGGACCCGGGGGCCAUGGGUGGCAUGUCCACCAAGACAGACAUAUGGAGCCUGGGGUGCGUCAUCAUCGAGCUGUACACAGGGCUGCCCCCGUGGCAUGGCCUGGAGGUGCAGGCGAUUGCCACAAAGGUCAAAGAUGAAGGUCAAGUUCCGCGAAUCCCACGGGGCCUGCCCCCGCCACUAGCAUCCAUGCUGCGGCAGUGCUUGUCAUUCAACCCUGACGAGAGGCCCCAAGCCAGGGAGGUUCUGGAGGUGUUUACAUCCGCCUGGGAGGCGUCCCAGGAGUACGCAGAUGAUGACCAAAGGUGUGCUGAAUCUGGCCAUGGGUUCAGCCCGUCCGUGACGAUCCAGGGCUCCUACUGGGUGCCAGACACCUCGGCAGAGUGGGCGCCCGCCACAAUUCAGGGCUCCCUGUACGUCCCUUUCGGUGACAGCGAGAGCAUGCCCAUGGCCCAAGGAUCACAGUGCACAAGCGACGGGAGGGGGAUGCGGGACAUGGACAAGGACCUCUGCAGGGCGGCGUCACGUUACGCUCAAAUUGUGGACAUGGUGUGA